AUGACUGAUUUAAAAGCAUCAAAGGAUACUCUUGUGGCUUCAUUGUUCGAACUCAGCAAGGCCGCUCAGGAAGCGGCCAAUGCUACCGUCAACUUCUAUAAGGCGGUAGAAGAAACUGGUGCAUCAGGCACUGUUGACCCUGUUAUUACUACUUUGACUUCAAGCCUGCUUGCAAGUCUCGCUACUACACUUCAACAAUUCACCACCAAUGCUACCAAACCCCCUCCUAAACCUCGGAGUCGUAAGAGGGCCCAUCCUGAAAACGAAGAGACUGUCAAAGUCACGUCUGAGGUUACAGAAUCUGCCCCUGUUGCACCUGCUGCACCUGUUGCUACUCCAGUUGAUAAAAGUUCGAUUUCAAGCGAUUCCAGCACUACCAUGAGCACCACCACCGCCAAUACUGAAGCUAAACCUGCUCCAAAGGCCCGUAAACCAAGAGCAAAGAAAGUCGUCGUUGCUGAAGCAGCAACCGAAGAGACUCCAUCAUUACCACCUACCUCUGACGAAAAGCCAGUUGCUGAAGAUGAAGCGGAACCAGAAGCAAAACCAAAGAAGAAGAGAGUUAAGAGGGAACGUGAUCCUAACGAGCCCAAGAAACCUUUGACCAUUUUCUUCAAGUAUUCCAUUGCUUUGAGAGAAAAGCUCAGACAAGAACGUCAGAAGCAAGGUCUUCCAAACUUAUCAGCUAUUGAAGUCAAUGACUUUAUUACAAAGGAAUGGGAAGCUGUUGAGCCACUGGUCAAAGCACAAAUGCAAAAGGAAUAUGCUGAUGAAAUGAAGGGUUACCAUGUCCGUAAGGAAGAAUAUGUUGCCACCAAAGCUGCCACUGAAACGGCAGAAGCAGCAGCAGCAGCAGCAGCAGCAGCAACCGAGAAUAAUCCAGAGUAUGACGUGAUUGUUCAAGAGCCUGGUGAAGAACCUCGGGUUGAGACUGACGUAGCAAAGGAGUUACCUGAUAGUACUGUUGCCACUGAUAUUGAAGAAGUGGAGGUCCCUACAAAGGAGAAGAAGAACAAGGAAAAGGCUAAGGAAAAGAAGAAGAAGACUGAAAAGACUGAAAAGAAGAAGAAGACUGAAAAGUCUGAAAAGAAGAAGAAGACAGAAAAGUAA